UCUAUUUAUUUAUUUUUAUAAUAUGCAAGAUGUAUUUAUUAUUUAGUAUAUUAUGUCCCAAAAAUUUCACCCGGGUUAUAUUUUCUCAAUUUUUUUUUACUUUUAAGUUACAUUUGAGUCUUAAAUUUUUUAUGGGAAACAUGAUUCGCCAGUUGCAUUUACCACCAAUUUGCAAGAGAAAUGAAGGUAAUAAUUGCAUGGACAACUCUUUUCGUAUGAAAUGGUGGUUGAGAAUUUGUGUUCAUCCCUCCGACAAACCAAACAUGACGAAUCAUCAGAAACAAACAACAUCGGUGCUGAUAAAUCAAGGGGAGUCUACAAGACAAACAUACAUCUCCACUGCACUAAUCUUGCACCCAAUUGACAUGGGACUUUGUUCAAAAUUGCUGCUGUUAACUUUCUUGAGUAUUUCUGUUAUCCAUGGGGGGGCUCAUUGUCCAUCUUCUUACUGUGGAAAGAGCACAUUAAGCAUACACUAUCCAUUCAGAUUAGACAACCAAAUCUCCACAACUGAUUGCGCCUAUGUCAAUCUGACUUGCAACAUGACUCAGAGCACAACCAUUGUUAACCUUGAGAAUUCAGGUGAUUUCUACGUGCAAAAUAUCGACUAUAUUGAAAGAUACAUACAACUCUCUGACCCUGGCAAUUGCCUCACCAGAAGGCUUAUGAACUUCAGCCUUGCAUCUUCUCCUUUCAAGGCGGAAAACGUCAAUAAUUACGCCUUUUACAUCUGUCCUUUGGAUCCCCAGGUUUUGAGUCAUCAUGUUUACCCUAUCGGCUGCUUGAGCAACACCACUAAUAUAACGAUAGCCACUCGUCAACUGCCAAGAGAAUUCCUGGAAGGCACUUAUGGCUGCAGGCAUAUUGGCACUUGGCAAAUUCCAGUUACUCCUGACCAGCUUGAUUAUGAUGGAUACUAUGAUGAAGUUUUCUUGUUCUUGACAUGGGAUGUUGUUGCGUGCAAAGAGUGUGAAGGAAGUGGUGAUCAAAAAUCAGAUGAAUCGGGAGCUAAGUCACUAACCAAAAUAGUUGCAAUGGCCUCAAGUUUGCCAGUUCUUAUUAUUACUGCCUUUAGCUGCUUCUCAGUUUUUUGCUUGCAUUUAUUGAGGAUGAUCAGAGAAAAAUACGAAGCUGAUUCAGCUUCAGCAGCAGCAGCAACUUCGACCACCACGCCAACUCCUCAAACCACCAUGGUCACCAUUAUGCCACUCCCAUCCACCACUAGUAACACCGGUCUCGACGAGUCCAAAAUUAUGGCAUGUACAGAAAUAAUUGUUCUUAGUGACAGUGGUGAAACCAUCCCAAGUGGUAAUAACAACACAUGCUCGAUAUGCUUAGAAAACUACUGUGAGAAAGAGACAAUACGGAUCAUAAGUAAAUGUGGCCAUUGCUUUCAUGCUACCUGCAUUCAGCAAUGGUUAGGAAAGAACAGCACUUGUCCUGUCUGCAGGACUUCUCUUUCUGAUGUUGUCUUGUAACACAAUUCAAAUUUUCAGUAACUCCUGGUGUAAUUUUUCAGAAAGAGUUAUACUAAUGACUUAUC